GGAGUAUGGAAGUGGAUUUAGGGAGCCAACAAAAACAAAAAGAAAGUCUUCAGGAAUCAAUAAAACAGUUUGAAAUUUUCCAAAAAGAAAAGGAUUUACUGAAGUGGGAUACCUCCAAAAGGAGCCAAGAGAGAUAUAGAAAAUAAGAGGAAAAUGAUGAAGAAGCCAGUGAUCAAUCAUAAGGUCAUCAACUCCCCUUUCUCAGAACUCCAGGAUAUACCACAAAAGGAAACAAACUCUACCUUUCGUAGGGAAAAUAUUAGAAAUAUUCAUUUUUCUAAAUUUAAUCAGGAAUCUAUUAAGAAUUCAGACAAAUUCUCAAAAUAUAUGCGAUCUAAAUUUGGGUUGGGCAAUCUUCGCCAAAAAGCGCUGCAGGACGUACAACAAAUUCGAGAAGGAAUGAGAGAAAAUCAUGGAAAUGUGGGACUUUCAUUGCAUCAAAAUUCUCCAAGCCUGCAUACCAAAAAAGCUAGCUUUAAGAGAACUCUUGAAAAUUUUGGGCAUAGGUCUAAUAGUAUUGGAAUUUGCGACCAACAAGCAAAUAAUAUUUCCAUAUUUAAUUCACCUAAGAAGAGAGAGAAUAUUACUGAUACAAUGGCUUCAUCAAAUCAAUUUUUCUCCACAAGAAGCCUCUCCUUAUUUCAAGAAAGCUACGCGUCCAAUAAGAAGAUUUCAGUUCCGAAAAGCCUUAAGAAAAGCUCUAAGUUCAGGGAAAGAAGGAAUAAAUUAGCUAAAAUACCAGCAAAAUUAUUAAAGAAGUUAGAAAUAAAGGCUAAAAUGAGAAAUUUACAGAAUUCUUUAGUGAAUAGCACAGGUGCAAUGACUUAUAACUCAAAUUUCAAGUUACAACAAUCAGUAAUAAUAUCUCAGACCCCGAAAAAGAAAGAAUUUCCUCUUUUGAGUAAUACAAACUCUAUCGAAAAUAUGCAAAUCCCAGACCUAUGAAAUCUAAAACCCCAAAAUAGCCCAUUAAAAUUAACCUCCAAAAUUUCCCAGAACCCAAUUUCCAAACUCCCCAAAAACCCAGAAAUCAGCACUUACAAGCUCUCCACCUACAUCACCUCAGAACCCACCCCUAAACUAAAAUUUCCUUCCUACCUCUCUGUUGACGUAAUGUCAAAAUUCGUUUCUAAGCUCCUCCGCAAUAAGGAUUUACCCCAGUUCGCGCACAGAGUUCCCAAGUAA